GAGGGAGAGAGAGAGGAAAAGAAAGAGAGAGAGAGAAACUGACUUCACGCAUCAGUUGCUGAUAGUGGAGCAUAAACAAACCUCGCGCGCGCCUCCAAAACAAUGCCUGCAUGAUCGACAGACAGCUCCAUGAGUUCCUCUAAUGGCACAUCAUCAGCCUUUCAGUCCGAAAGUAGUGGGGAAAAAAAUGUCCGGAGAAAGGCAGAGGUCGGACGACGAGAGUCCCAGCACCAGCAGCGGCAGUUCAGACGCCGAUCAGAGAGAUCCUCCGGUCGCAGAGCCUGAAGAGCAGGAAGAGAGGAAGCAGCCCACACCUCCGCAGCAGCAGCAGCAGCAGCAGCAGAAGAAAGCAUCCAAACAGUCCAGCAAAACCCCGGCCAAGCUGUCCUCCAGCGCCAAGAGAAUCCAGAAGGAGCUGGCUGAGAUCACUCUGGAUCCUCCACCCAACUGCAGUGCGGGACCCAAAGGAGAUAACAUCUAUGAGUGGAGGUCCACCAUCCUGGGUCCUCCAGGCUCCGUCUACGAGGGUGGAGUGUUCUUCCUGGACAUCACCUUCUCCUCAGACUACCCCUUCAAGCCUCCAAAGGUGACAUUCCGUACACGGAUCUACCACUGCAACAUUAACAGUCAGGGAGUGAUCUGUCUGGAUAUCCUGAAGGACAACUGGAGUCCAGCGCUCACCAUCUCCAAGGUCCUGCUGUCCAUCUGCUCACUGCUGACGGAUUGUAACCCUGCGGACCCACUGGUGGGAAGCAUAGCCACUCAGUAUCUGACGAACAGAGCGGAACAUGACAGGAUAGCUCGACAGUGGACCACGAGAUACGCCACAUAGAUGCUGGCAGCCUUCCUCCUCUCCUCAACCUCCCCCCCCCCCAUUCUGCCCACCCAAAUGCCCCCCCACACACACACACAUACCCACCCCCUCAGUCCCUCCAAAUCCCCUACAGGAGCGAUCAGAUCCUGGAGCAACAGUUUAACAACGUGCAGCGAAUCUUUAUAGCCUUUACAGUACGGACUUGUGUAUAUACGUCCCCCUGAAUCUGCCUUGUUUUCUUUCACCUGACACAGACUGGGGAAACAGACGAGAUCCCGCCAAGCUAAACGCUAAUGGUGUAUUUUUUUUUUUUUCUUUGUAGCUGUAGAUUUUAGUUUUGUUUAAAUGCCUACUCGCAAGUCUUGCUUCUUUGGGAUAUUAAAAAAAAAAUGUAUUUUGUGAUGUAUUAAGGAUACUGUUCCUGAAAGGUCAACCAAAUAUUAUGGUUCAUUUAGUCUAAACCAUUAUCUGUAUGAUGUUAUUAAAAAAAAGUGGAAAAGCAUCUAGGUGUAGAAUAUUAAAGACAAUGUGAUUUCUCUGAGCCCCCGGAGCCGUUUCCCGUUCUGUGAUGACCCGAUGUUGUGAAUCUGUUCUACCUUUGUCACUUUGUAAUGAAGAGAGGCUCAUUGACCGUUUUGUAGCUCGGCUAAAAUGAGCCACCGAUGUAAUAUCUCCUCAUACACAAUAAAAAAAAUAUAACCUGUC